AUGAUGAUGUCCGAGGCAAACGUCGGUAGGAUGCUGCGCAACGCGAACGAGCGCGAACGCAUCCUCGAUCCGAAACAACUGCUCCAUCAUGAAAAGUACACACCCUUCAAGUCGUGCACCGCGUGCCACAUCUGCACCAAGUCGUUCGGGACAUUCCGGCGGCGCGCCCACUGCCAACUCUGUGGGAACGUCGUGUGUAGAAGCUGCACCCUCGACUACAUCGCGGACGUCGCAGGCAAGAUCGUUGACGCCCGUGUGUGUUCUCCAUGUGACGGAAAACUGGACGUCGAAUUCAGGCAACGCACGAGCUCGAGGGCGAUUGCCGGAACCGUGCUGUCCCGGUCGUUCAUGUCCCGACCAAAUCCUCUCGCGACUCCGUCGUCGUCCUCGUCGCACGUGAGCCGCAAAAAGUCGCCGUCGCGCCACCGUCCCGAGUCGCACCCAUCUUCAGAUAUCGCGACCGAGUCCACGCCGUACUUUUACGCGCUCGACUUCAACUGGUCGCAUGCAUGGCCGAAACCACCGUUCAUUCCCCACGACGUGGAACGAAUCAAGUCGCUGUCCAUGUUGGACGUGCGGCGGCACGACUUCAUGCAGAGCGCGGUGCAUUUUGCGUGUGAAGUAUUCGACACGCCGAUCGGCGGCGUCAGCUUUAUCGACGAGCACCAGCAGUGGUUUGCGUCGUCCAGGGGUCUCGCGCAAGAAUUUAUUCCACGCCAAGCGUCGAUCUGCGCGCACACGAUCGCGCUUGCGGCGCCGAUGGCGGUGCUCGACCUCGGCCAAGACAUCCGAUUUCGCCACAACCCGCUUGUCACGGGCCCGAAUCUCGGCUUUUACGCGGGGGCGCCGAUUUUGUCCCCCGAUGGACACGCGGUCGGGACCGUGUUUGUGAUGGACUUGGCGCCACGAAGCGCGUGCGAUUUGUCCAAACUCGCCGUGUUCGCCCACGUGGUGUCGACCAAGCUCGCCGACGUCCGCACCGACAGCGCAUCGCCCACGGAAGCGUCGAUCGCGAGCGAUUCCCCCACAGACCGCGUCAUCUCCGCGGACCUGCCGUGGGGUUUGUCAAGUCUGCCACAAUCGGUUUUCGCUGUUUCUGCGGAAGCGCCAUUGCCGCGUGUGCGGCGAAGUCGUGUGUAA